GGGAGGUUGCAGUGAGCCGAGAUCAUGCCACUGCACUCCAGCCUGGCAACAGAGUGAGACUCCAUCUCAAAAAAAAAAGAAAAAGAAAAAGAAAAUGGCAAACAAACCAGACAUGGGGGAAAUCGCCAACUUUGAUAAGGCCAAGCUGAAGAAAACGGAGACUCAGGAGAAGAACACUCUGCCAACCGAAGAGACCGUUGAGCAGGAGAGACAGAGUGGAAUUUCCUAAGAGCCUGGAGGAUUUCCUGCCCCUGUCAUCUUCAAGACCCUAGUCCUGUUAUGGAGAAAGAGCCACCUGCGAGAUGGACAUGAGUCACAAACUGCACUGUGAACCUGGGCACUCUGCGAUACCACCGGUCUGUGGGUCUCUAAAGGAACCCCCAAUUGGACUGUCAAAUUCUCUGGUUUGUCCCAGAAUAUUAUAGAAAAUAAUUUGUAUGAAUAAUGAAAAUAAACACACCUCAUGGCAAAAAGAAAAAAAAGUUACACUAAGCUAAGGUUAUUACUGGAGAAAGAAAAUGUUUUAAAUAAAUUUAGGGUAGCCUAAGUGUACAGUUUAUAAAGUCUGUAAUAGUAUACAGUAGUGUCCUAGGCCUUCACAUUCACAUUCACUCACCACUUACUCACUGACUCAUCCAGAGCAACUUCCAGUCUUGUAGGCUCUAUUCAUGUUAAUUGUCCUGCACAAAUGUGCCAUUUUUAAAUCUUUCAUAUCAUAUUUUUUACUGUACCUUUCUAUAUUUGAAUACACAAAUACCAUUGUGUUACAGUUGCCUAUAGUAUUUAGUACAGUAGCAUGCUUACAGGUUUGUAGCCUAGGAGCAGUAGGCUCUACCAUAAAGCCUAGAUGUGUAAUAGGCUGUACCAUCUAAGUUUGUAUAAUAUAUUCAUGAUGUUCAUGCAUGACUGUACUACUAGCUCUUGCUAUUCUAACCGACUUUUCAUAGCUAUUCCUUAGUAGAUGUUUUUUGCUAUUUGCCCUUAGGACCAUUUCACAGGCUGUAAAUGGCUGUUUUAAACAUAACUUCUAUCAGUUGCCCUGGUGAGUAGGUCUGUGGAACUUCUCUCCUUGUCUUAUCAGAAGUUGAUCUCCCUCUGGACUAGUAUUUUAGCUUUUUUUGUAGUAGUAAUUAGUACCUUCGCCUUACCUGGGACUUCAUAGCUUUCAGGUAUGUAAUCAUGCCAAUAAAUCUGAAAACCUAAGAGGAAAUGGAAAAAUUCCUUGAAAUAAACAAC